UCUUUUUUUCUUUUUGCCCACGGCCGGAACAUCCAGUCUACGCAGCACUAGACACAUAGGCUUAUUUCCCCUUCCUAUCGGCGUCCCCGCACUUUUUAAAAAAAGUACAAAAGAAAGAAAGAACUGGAUUUCUUUUUUUCUUACGGGCUUCAUCUAACCUUUUUUUUUUUUUUUUUUUUUAAUUUAUUUCUUUCGCGUUCUGUUCCUUCUUUCUGUACAUGGGAUUUCUCUUCCCUCCCGUUCCAUUGCCUCGUCUCGGAGCGGCUGCGGUCGCGGCGUGUGUGGCGGUCGUAGUAGGGUUGGCUCUGCUGCCGCUCUGCGGCGUUCCUGGCUCACCGCUGCUGCCUGCCGUGGAAAACCUUCGAAACCGCCGCCGACACUUUUAUGGUCCGACAUCGAAGGCCAACCAAAACGGAUUUUCGCAGCGUGUAAAAAGAAAAGAAGAGCGGUUAAAGCCUAUUUGCAGGCGAUCGAAGCUGGCCGCCACGUUCGAAACCUCGCGAAAGAGCGCCGGCGCUGAUCUCCUCCCUUCUUUUAUGUGACGUCCGCCGUUUGCUUCGCCGAAGAACGAGUGCAGUGAUCUGUCGACCGUUGUAGCAGCGCGAGCAGCGUGGAGACGACUCGGCGCGUUUUGAAACCUGUGCCGGGCCGUGUAGACGGGUCUGCGGUGUGUGUGUGUGUGUUGUGUUGUGCGGUGGAACUGGACGAGGUGUUUUGCGAGAGUUCUUUGUUUUCGGGAGAACGCCGGUUUUUGGAUGUCGUUGACGUUGCACGGUCUCUACGCGAGGUUGCCCUACCUGGAAACCUGCAUUGGAUCUGGCGCCGCAUCGACCGUGAGUAGUAGUCGUCGGCACACUGCCAGCAAUCCACCGUCCGUACGGGCUGGCCGCAUCGAAGGAACCAAGUUGCUCGCCAAGCGGUAGGAAGAAACCGAAUUUGCAAAAAAAGGCAGGCUUCGGUGCGGCGGAGAUUUGGAAGAAGGGGGCACAGUGUCGAGGGUCUUGCCUAGCUGUCCGUUCAAGCGGUACUUUUUUUUUUUUGAGAGGACGACCUAUUUGGCUGCUGUCGCAGCCGCGUUAAAACAAAAAAAUCAGCAAGAUAAAAAGAAAAAAAAAAGUUUAGCGGCAUCCCUUGGGAACUGCGCUAGCAUCGCUUGCAUCGCUGGCUUGCUCCCGCGGCAGCAACGGCAGCAGCGUAGUGUUGAGCGUGUUUGAAAGCCGAUCCGCACAGUGUUGGAUAACGUGCGGCUUGCAAGACGGUCCGUCCCGUGAACGCCUGAGCGCUUGUCUCUUUCGCUUUCAGCGUUGUGGUUGGCAGUCGUCAGACAUUUCGAGCUUCUCGUUGGAUCUGGAACGUGUUGGAUUUAAUUUUUUUUUUUUUUCCUUUGAGGCGGGCAAGUUUUUCGAAGCACUGGUUGCAUCGCGGGAAGUUUCGGUCGUCUGCUCUCUGUCCAAAGUGCCCGUAGUGCGUGCGUCCGCCGCGGUUUCGUCGAAAGUUUCUCCACAUUCUCCGAGCCGUCUACACGAAGAUCUUUUUUUCCGUCGAGAACGUCUGCUGCGAAAGAACGAACAAAACCACUCUUACGCAAAGAAAUCGGCUGCUAUCGCAAAGUCGUCGCUACGGGAAGAAAGCGUCUGCUAUCGAAAAGUCGUCGCUACUGGAAGAAAGCGUCUGCUAGUAAGAAGAAAUUGUCUGCUACUCAAAGGAAUCGUCUGCUACUGAAAGAAAUUGUCUGCUACGAAGAUAAAUAUUUAGUUUGGCACCAAAAAGAAGCCGCCUGUCCCAGACACCAUACUGGAGAACCAGACUAAUCCCAGCCACUGUCCAUCAGCUAACCAACAGUUGAACCGCUGAACUGCUGGACUGGAUCCUUGAACGGCCCCACCAUGAAUGAAGAUCCGGAAUGCAACGCGCCGCUGCUGGAAAAGACAACGCUGCGCACGUUGGUCAUCCCACCCCGACAAAAUAUGAGACCGUGGCAAAAGCCGAAAAAGAUGGAGACCGGAAACCAGGAUGAGGCGCCAAAGGAUCCUGGGGCCCUCACGUCUCACCCUAGUUACACGGACAAAGACUUUGAAGGCCACCGUGCACACACAGUGUAUGUGGGGCUCCACGUACCGGGUUACCAUCGUCGAGGACAUCGGAGGCACCACAGACAUCACCACAAGAACGGCCACGCUGCCAAGAAGGACGGCACUGGUGCCGCCGGCGAUGGCAACCACCGCUCGGUGACCCCUCCGGCGGAGCGGGUCCACUUCAUCCUGGGGGAGGAGGAAGAUGGACUCCACGAGGCACACCCUCUCUUCAGCGAGAUGGAGAUAUUGUGUGCGGAGGGAGAGGAGAUGGAGUGGAGAGAAGCCGCCAGGUGGAUCAAGUUCGAAGAAGAUGUGGAGGAAGGGGGGGACCGGUGGUCCAAGCCACAUGUGUCCACAAUCUCGCUCCACGCGCUCAUGGAGCUGCGCAGCUUUAUCCUCAAUAGUACUGUCAUGCUAGACAUGGAAGCCACCAGUCUCGAGAAUAUAGCUGAUCUGGUCCUGGAGAACAUGGUGAACGGUGGACAGCUGUCGGCGGGGGAGCAGCUGGAGCGGGUGAAGGAGGUGCUCCUGCGCCGGCACCGGCACCAACACGAGCGGCACCGGACGGACAAGGGCUCCCGCCUGCCCCUCAUCCGGUCCCUGGCCGACAUUGGCCGAAACUCUUCCAAGAGCAUGUUCGGUACUCACAACCACGGCGAAAAGGGUUCUAGUCCGUCCCUUAACCCCGACCCGACAUCGGUGGCCAUCUCGGCGGCGCCGUGCGGCCAGGGUAACGGCCGCAACGACUGGUGGUGGAUGCCCAAGUUUCUCAGGGACCAGCUUUGUGCCUUGCCCGGCGGAUCCGGCAACAACACGGAAGGGAUGACGCAGAGUCCCAGCUCCAACUCCCUCCACAUCCACGCCCCGCACCCCGCCCUCGCGCACAGUGGGUCUACUCUCACAGACACGGCGGCCAACGCGAGCUCUCCUGACCUCCAACACAGGCUGAACCAGGCGUUCAUGAAGAAAAUUCCACCCGGAUCUCAAGCGUCCAACAUCCUCGUCGGAGAGGUGGACUUCCUAGAGCGUCCCGUCGCCGCAUUCGUCCGUCUAGCAGCCGCCGUACCAUUGGGGGACCUGACGGAGGUGCCCGUGCCCACCCGCUUCCUGUUCAUUCUGCUCGGACCGCAAGGGAACAUGGUGCGGUAUCACGAAGUGGGCCGUGCCAUCGCCAUUCUCAUGUCCGACGAGGUCUUCCACGACGUAGCAUUCAAGGCUAAGAACCGAGACCAUCUACUGGCAGGCGUGGAUGAGUUCUUGGAUGCCGCCACGGUGCUGCCUCCAGGGGCCUGGGACCCUUCCAUCCGCAUUGAGCCCCCCCAGCAUGUGCCCUCUCAGGAGGGCCGUAAGAAGCAGGAACCCUCCAAGGAACCCCUCUUCUCCCCAGAGGAGGAGGAGGAAAAAGAGAGGGAGCAGAGCGGUCUCAAGAGGAGUGGCAAGCUUUUUGGCGGGCUGAUCAAUGACAUCAAGCGCAAGGCCCCCUGGUACUGGAGUGACUUCAAGGAUGCCUUUGCACUCCAGUCGAUCGCAUCGGUGUUCUUCCUCUACUUCGCCUGCCUCACACCCAUCAUCACCUUCGGAGGCCUCCUUGGCUCCGCGACGGAACAGAGAAUUGCGGCCAUGGAGAGCCUCAUGUCGGGCGCAGUAUGCGGCAUCCUGUAUGGGCUGUUUAGCGGACAGCCUCUCACCAUCCUGGGCAGUACUGGUCCCGUGCUGGUUUUUGAGACCAUCCUCUACGAUUUCUGCAAGGACCACGACCUGGAUUACCUGUCACUGCGGUUGUGGAUUGGACUGUGGACAGCACUCAUCUUGCUAGUGCUCGUUGCGUUCGACGCCAGCGCUCUCGUCUGCUACAUCACUCGGUUCACAGAGGAAAACUUUGCCACCCUCAUUUCACUGAUCUUCAUCUACAAGGCCAUUGAAAACGUCCUCAAGAUCGGGCACAAGUAUCCGAUCAACCUAGACGUGGACCUACGGGUGGACUGCUACUGCGAGCCCCCCAACAUCACGGAGGCACUGGUCAACUCAACGGUGAACUGGACCACCCUGAGCAAGCAUGGCUGCAAGGAGGCUGGCGGCCUGCUGCGUGGCGUCGGCUGCAACUUUGUGCCGGAUGUGUUCCUCUUCUCGGUGCUGCUCUUCAUAGCCACAUUCACAUUCGCCGUCUUCCUCAAGGACUUCAAAACCACCAGCUACUUCCCCACCUCGGUGAGGGCGUUGGUGAGCGACUUCUCGGUGGUGAUUGCCAUUGGCCUCAUGACCUUGACAGACAUGCUGCUGGGCCUGGAGACACCCAAAUUGGAAGUGCCCCAAAAGUUUGAGCCCACAUGGGAGGGUCGGGGGUGGCUGAUUCCAUGGCUGGGAAGGAACCCGUGGUGGACAACGCUGGCGGCAUUCCCGCCAGCGCUGUUGGCCACUAUCCUCAUCUUUAUGGACCAGCAGAUCACCGCCGUCAUCAUCAACCGCAAGGAAAACAAACUCAAGAAAGGAUGCGGGUACCACCUGGACCUCCUGGUGCUCUCCGUCCUCAUUGCCAUCUGCUCCGUCCUCGGACUCCCCUGGUUUGUGGCAGCCACUGUGCUCGCCAUGACCCACGUCAACUCGCUUCGGAUGGAGUCCGAGUCUUCGGCGCCCGGCGAGAAGCCCCAGUUCCUCGGAGUCAGAGAGCAGAGGGUGACACAGAUCCUGAUCUUUGUUCUGGUCGGCCUUUCCGUUUUCUUCACCCCCGUGCUCAAGCGCAUCCCGAUGCCCGUGUUGUACGGCGUCUUCCUCUACAUGGGAGUGUCCUCCCUCAAGGGCUCACAGUUCUUCGACCGCAUCCUGAUCAUGUUCAUGCCUCAAAAGUACCAGCCGGACUACAUGUUCCUCCGGCACGUGCCCACCAUGCGAGUGCACCUGUUCACCCUGAUCCAGCUCACCUGUCUGGUCUGCCUCUGGCUCAUCAAAUCCUACAAGCCAUCGUCCAUCGCGUUCCCCCUUAUGUUGGUGGUGAUGAUUGGGGUGCGCAAGCUGCUGGACUUCAUCUUCACCCAGCGGGAGCUGAAGGUGCUUGACGACGUCAUGCCAGAGCACACCAAGAAGAAGCAGGAGGAAGAGAUGAUGAAGGAGGUCGAGCAGGAAGUGUUCGAGAUGAAGAAUGCCCUGCUGCCAGACGUGAGCUCUAGCAACGUGGCCAUUGCACUGGUCAACGGGAACCUCAUCAAGGUCCCGAUGGAGAAGUAUCACGAGGACAAGGAACUGCCGCCCAUCAACAUCACGGAGCAGCUGUCCCAGACGGGACUCUGGCAGUCCAUCGACCAGCAGAAUCAGCAUAAAGGAAGCGCGGGAGCCAACGCCUCCUCAGCGACCUCUGCUCAAUCUGCCGGCGAGAACGGAGCCAGAAAAAAGAAGCGCGGAAGUAAGAAGGACGCGCUGAACGAGGAGGAGCGCAAGCGCCUCUCGACCAUGGCCGAAGAAGACGACGAGGAGGAUUGCGGAAUCACAAUCCGCAUCGACGCGCCGACGCCGGUUCCGUCGAAGCACGCGUCUCCGCAAGAGACCAAGAAGCCCUUCCCCAACGGCAGCGAGACGUCCGUUUGACGCCAGAUGAGCCCUUAGGACCUUUUUUUUUUCUUCAACGACUCCAAACUGUGUCAUUGAUCAGCAGUCGGACCACCACCGGAUGUCCGAAAGGGUUCUCGUCUGGAAGAAGAUGCGACCCCUCCCACUUCCCCCCCUGCCAUCCGUCUCUUGCAUUGGGCGGACCGCCAAAAUCCGCGGACUUUCUUCGAAAAAAAAAAAAGUGUUUCUGGAUUGCGGUUGUCUUGAGCGUCGCCUCGAACUGUUCGUCGGUACGCGUGAAACGAAUGCCAGUCGUCGUCUCCGCUUCGUAGGAUCACGAAACGAGUUCCCGUCGAAUAGUGCGUGAGAAAGCCUUAGUGAGAAUUCUUCCGUCGAAUGUCGUGUGUCCGUUUCGCUGGUAUCGUCGGAUGCCCCCGUGUUAUCCGCGUCUUCCGAGUUCACGGGAGCUGCCAUAGUCAGAUUGCUACUCUCAAGACACGGAAUUAUUUUUUCUUUAUGUUCUGCAUCGACGACAACCAUUGCGAGUCGAAGAUGGUUCCUGCGGAUGCCGGAUAGUAAGACAACCACGCAGAACAGUGCACUCGACGACACAUUGUGUUUUAGUCACGCGUUCUCACUUCUUUUGUCCGUGUGCACUGUUUUUGUGUUUCUUUCUUCCUUUUUCAAAGGCCGUAUUAUGGAAGAAGUCGGCAUUGAAAAAGGUACCUUCGUUUUCGGCGUGCUCGAGUUGUGUACAUGGAGACGUUUCAGCCGACAGAGCUUUCGUUUUCUUUUUUGGUUCUUUUCGAGGAACAUGUCUUUUGCAAGGCUUUGGUGAUAUUGCGGCUACAUUUUUUUUCGUAAAGGACGGCCGUAAGAUUGUCAAUUGCGGUUCGGAACGGGAGUUUUAGCCGCUGCUUUCUCAUUUCUGACGAUAUAGUUUUAAAUAUUCUAAUUGUGCACGCUAGCCCGCUGAUUUUAGUGUCGGUGUUUUUCUCAUUGCUUCGGGGCAGGCAUUUUACUAAGCGGGCUCCGGGGGGGAUUAAAGAGGUUUUACGACUUGUCUCUUCAUAAAUGUUUGACGCUUUGUUGUCACUGCAGUGGGGCAGGGGUCAUUUUAGCUUUUCUCAAAGGAACCUUUAAGCGCUUCUUUCAUUCAUGUCUUGCUCUGUGUUUCUUUAGGUCUGGUGCUUUGUGUUGUCAUCUGCACUUGACACGAAGUUAAAUUCCUUACAACUGUUCUUUUUUUUUUUUUCAUUGCAUCUCUGAAGACAGUGUGUUUGUGAGUUGUGUCCAAACAGGACGAUCUUCUCAGGUUAACCUAUUUGUAUGAAGAUUUCUUCUCCUGUUACUUUCCCGGUCUUUUUACAAACUCUGUAUCUUUCUCAGCUUGCAAAUAUUUUGAAGUUGGGUCAUUAGAAACCAGUGGCAAAUUGAUAAACAGAAAGAGUGUGAUUGAAAGCUUAUAUUUGAUGCGACUUAGCUUAAGCUGUGUAUAACUUACGACACAAAACUACCUGUAUAUUGGAGCAAAGUUUAAGGGACAAAGUACAUAAGAUGCUGCAUCCCUAUAAAUCACUGAGCCACUGUUUGGCACGAAGUGUUCAACUGCUGUGCUCAUUGUUAAAUUGGUAAUCUGUUUUGUCAUGUGCAUUAUUGUCUCAUCUGAAGUUGGUUGGAUUGGUGUGGCUUGGCUACGGCGACGGUGCAAGCAUUGUGUUUCCUAACUCCAGACUGCAUAGUCCACUUUCGGAGAGUCUCUCGAAAAAUGGGUUUGGGUCUACCCGCCAAGCCUGAGAAUAGAAGCAGUCUAAACUCGUCUGACGCUUGUGGUACGUUGGAGGCGAUCUUCGACAAAGCAGCAGGAAGUUGCGGAGCAGUAGUGAAUCGCGCACAACACUUCUCUUCUCUACGUUCGGUCACUCCGUCACCUGUUCCUGUUGCAAGCAAAAGAAGAAAGCUGUUGCACAGACAAGACAGCGAGUGUUUUCGCUGCAGUGGCCAGUCUCAGUACUGCAGAGCUCCGAAGUGCUGCAUCCUGCGGUCGCAUCACAGAUUACCGCACCAACGUUUGUUUCAUCGCGACAUCAUGCGACUUCACGCAACUCUGCGCCGCUCUAGGCUCUUGAGAGUCAGUUAAACGAGGAUAGUGUGCAGUUAGGUAGGUAACAUAGUCCAAAGUGUUGAAAGGAUCUUGUCCUGGUGACAUCCUGUUCUAGCAGAUGUUACUAGCUUUGUAAACGUAGCUACUGGCCUGGGGCUUUUAGUUGCAGUAGCUUGGUGGCAGAGUCCCUCUGUUGUGUGCUGAAACCCAUCUUCUGGGAUGAUGUGCUUGUGCCAUAUUUAGAUUGUCCGGUUGAGCGGCGGCGGUGACGUGGAACGUUGGGACUGGUUUGCUCAUGUGCGUCUUUACGAAUGUUGCGUUUGAAGUUUUCGGUUUGCGGGGCAUUUACAACUGGGCAUGCGGACACCGAUGGUAUGUUAAGGUCUCUUUAAUGUAUUCUUUUGGAGGAUGAGAACAAUUGUUUAUUCGAGAGCUUCGUAAGAUAUUGAAAGGUACUAGACGAGAUUUCCCGUUUCUUAUAUCCCGACUUUGGCCGCAGCAAAGAUGCGGUAGAAAAGUUUGCAAACCUUUCCUUCAAGAAUCUUUUGAUUACUUUAUUUACUCACUCAAGCAUGAUUAUGAAAGCACACUAUCAUACGAGGGACUAUUCUUUACACUUUUGCCAUGGUGAAACUUCUUAUGCGUGGACUUGCGUUGAAAGCUUGACGGCGCCAAUGUGACGCGUCCUCGACAGUCACAUUGUUCUCGUAUCCAAGGCUCACUCGAAUUGGCAGUUAAUUAGCCAAUGAACAGUGUUUAACGAGAGGUUCAGACAGUUUAGUUUUGCAACCAAGGUGGCAGCCUUACUGUUUUCUCAAUGCUGAUAGAGACUUUUCAUUUUCGGUCCCACCUUGGUGUGUAGUCACGGUGUUGGAAGAGUCUUAGCUCGAGUUUAACUUUCGUUAUCAGACGGGCAGCAUUCAGUCAUACAGUUCGACCCACUUUGUUUUCAUCGCCGCUUUUGCCGUGGAAGUUUGUGGCUUGGUCGUUUGGUUGUCGCAACUUGUAGUCAAGAUCUGCAUUUAAAGGCCUUUUUUUGGGAAGCUUUAUUUAUUUUUUUAUAUAUACCUUCUCCCUUCCCACCUCCUGGUUUAGCCGUUCUUGGUCGUAGAUACUUUGGGAUCAGUAGAAUCAAAGACUGUAGUGAAGUGGGCUUAUUCAGUGUUAGCAGGCCGCGCCACAGCAAGGUAAAGAUGUGUCGUUUGCCAACGGUACUGUGUCAGGAGGGAAGCAUGCUACAAAAGAGUAUUGGGGUGUACAAAAUAUUUUGUGUAGGUGUUCAUCUUUGUGAGUGUGUGUGUGUGUGUGCGUGCAUGUGUGUCUGUAUACUUGCCUUAUAGAAGAGUACAACAAUAGCGAAGUCACAAGAACGAAGCGCAUAGUUUAUUUCUUCUUUUGUUUUUUUACUUCGGGGUAUGGCCUGUCUGAACAGUCAAGGUAAUCUGUAUUCGAUUAUGACCUACGUCGUCGUCUAACCUGAUGAAAAUGCUUUGUCCCGAGAGUAUAGUGGUCAUUAGUUAAAACUGUCUUCGACACUGUUCUUGCCGAAGCUUUUGAAGCAACUGCGAGUGCAGCUCUUUUAAACUUUUGGCUCUCUGAUCGUCAAGGUUUAGGACAUGUUUUUAGCACUUCCUCCGACCUUAAAACAAAAACAGUUGUGGAUGAUCUGGAGUUAUGAGUUGACAGUGAUAGGUCUCAACCGGGCUGCCAUUACUCCACCGUACCCCCAGUGUCAUGUCUGCAGUGUCCUUACAAUUCCCGUAUAGAUCACGGUGCCAAUCAGUAUCGUGAACAGUCUUUCUGUACGCCUCCCCCACUUGAAGUGUGUCUCAGCUAGACCGACGUUUCACCGCAAGUUUUACUUCGGCCGGUUUUUCCGAGCACGGCUGAGAGCAAACUUUCUUAUGUUCUGGUCUGAAUGAUGUCACACUAUGGCUGAAAUUCGCUGUUUCUAGCCGAAAUAAGAAUGGCUAGCCCAAGUGGGACGUAACCUCGUUCCUACUGUCCACUGUGCAGUAAAAAAAAUUAACAAUCAAAAGGAUCAAAGGACAGGCGCCAAAAACGUUGCCAAGCAGUGCUGUGGAGGAUUGAGGCAUUGUGCGACUUAUCGCGACGAGUUGGUGCGCCGCGACAAACCCAGUAGCUGUUCGUAGGAGACUGAUCUUUUACAUAGAUGCGCACUGUUGUUGUUGUUCACUCGUAGGUAUUUUAAAAGCAAAGGGAAGUCAAAUUACAGUUAGGCAGUGUAGUUAAAGAACACGGACAUUCUUCCGCUAGCGUGUCGGAGGGCACGCCUUAGUCCGAGCUUGGAGAAGAAAAAAAAAAAGCGAAGUUAAAUCUCUAUGUGUGAUAUACUAUACUAAGAUGAUGAAGAGAGAGCAAGAAAAAAGAUGUGGUAGAACAUUCAUCUGUUCAGAAACAGCACUCUAAGCAUCAUUUUCUUAAACAUUUUUUGUUUUCUUGUAGAGAAAAAGAAAAUCUUUAUUGGAGAUAAAUAUAGGUUAGUCGUCUUGACAAACUUUCCGUGGAGUUGGGUUCGAGUCUGCAGACGCGCAUAUGGCGCUUUGAAGACUAGUGAUUCCAGAAUGUCACCGUUGCUGUAGAAAACGACGAAGUCAAAUCUCAGCCAGCUAUGUUUAUUGUUGUUGUUGUUAUUACAUAUUUCGAGCUUGCUGCCGAGACGCGACUUUUGGGCUCUUGCCCCCCUCCCCACCCCGCAAAAACUCGGUGACUGAACCUGAAAAAAAAGCAAAUCUGGACGUCAUCAAGACCUUGUCAUUUUUAAAAUUAUUUUUCAGGUAAAAAAAAAAGAAGGUUUGAAAUGUACCACAUGCAAUAAAAAAUACAUUGUACGUAAGGGGGUAUGGUUAAAACAACGACUGAAGGGAAGACUUUCCUGUAUCCAUUCUGUACAUUUUGACGAACUGUGUAUGUUUUUCUUUGCGUCUUGGUCUUCUGUACCGAACACUGGCAAGAGAAAUUCAAAUAAAAGUGCUGCUUUUAUGA